AUGGCCAGGGCCUGGCGCUGCUGGGAAGGGGAGGCUGUCUCCGGAAACAGGGGGACCUCUGAGAUUCGUCGUUCAGGCAGCCACUGCGAUGAGGGGAGACAGAUGCACGUUGCUCCAAGGGGGCUACUGCGGAGGAAAAGCAAAGCCGCGCCAGGUGGCCGGCACGCCAGUUUUAUUAGAGCCCGCGAGGAGCCCAUACAGCGUCAUGGCCAGCAGAGAGCACCACGACCCUGUGGGGCCUCUUCUGGAGUCGUCUUGGGUGGCGAGUGCCUCCCGCUGACAUGGACCCGGCUGGUCCUGCCUGGGGCUCCGGCCCCCUCUGUGCUGCGGCUGCCCUCCCGCCCUCCCCCUACCAAGGCCUGGCUGAUUCGGGCCAUCGUGGUUCUCAGCUUUACUGAGGUCUCGGCCAUGUUCUGCCGUGGGGCCGUGGGAGGGCCAGGGGCUGGAGGGAGGGUGGACAGCCCCCGUCACGUCUGCGGGACCUGGAGCAGGUGUGUGUCCCACUGGCACUGCUGUUGGGGUGCAUGUGUGCCUGUGCAUGGAGCCCACGGGGCCCACGCUCUUGGUGUGGCGGAACAGGCACGAGAGGUACAGGAGGGGCUGCUGAAAGCUGGGGCUGGGCGCGGUGUGCACUCUCGGGGCUCUGACUGCCGGGAGGGCCCAGAAAGUGGCACCUUCCCAGGGCCCUGCACACGCCCAGCACCAGCCUGUGGGCCCCGAAGGCCACUUCCACCCAGCAGGACCCAGGGCUCCUUGGAGACGUGGCUGAUUCCAGGCCUGGGGCAGGAAGUGCGCGAGGAGCGCCCUGGGGACAAGUGCCAUGGGCCCUCCCGUGCCACUUCCGAGCUGGCGAGCUGGCAGACCUCAGGGCCCCGCUCAGCCCAAAUCGCCUCCAAAUACGAUACGGCUUCAGUGUAUGGGCUGUUGGGGGACAGUUCAGUCCAUAGCAGCCGCCUCUCAGCUCUCACCCCUGGAGGUGCCGAGCUCGGGGUCUCUGUCUCGCCACAGUGCUUCCAGGCCGUCCUCCUCCUCCUGGCCCUGACUGUGCUCCUGCUGGUUGGCUUCCUGCACAGGAACGUCCAGCUGCUCACGCCGCUGUUCGGGGGCCAGGACGCCGUUCAGGGGCUGCCCGUCACCAACAUCAUGUUCCUCAAGACGCACAAGACGGCCAGCAGCACCGUGCUCAACAUCCUCUACCGCUUCGCCGAGACCCACAACCUGUCCGCCGCGCUGCCCGCCGGCUCCGACUUCCACCUGGGCUACCCCUGGCUCUUCGUGGCGCGCUACGUGGAGGGCGCGAGUCGGAGCGGCGCCGGGGGUCCGCGGCGCUUCAACGUCAUGUGCAACCACCUGAGGUUCAACCUGCCCGAGGUGCAGAAAGUCAUGCCCAAGGACACCUUCUACUUCUCCAUCCUGCGAAACCCCGUCUCCCAGCUGGAGUCUUCCUUCAUCUACUACAAGAACUACGUCCCCGCCUUCCGCGGCGUGGAGAGCCUGGACGCUUUCCUGGCCGCACCCGGCGUCUACUACAACGCCAGCAAGGGAAUGAACAACGCCUACGCCAGGAACAACAUGUGGUUCGACUUCGGCUUCGACCGCGACGCGCCGGCGGAGGAGAGCUACGUGCGCGCGCGCCUGGCCGACGUGGAGCGGCGCUUCCAGCUGCUCCUCAUCGCCGAGCACUUCGACGAGUCCAUGGUGCUGCUGCGGCGCCGGCUGCGCUGGCAGCUGGACGACGUGGUCUCCUUCAGGCUCAACGCGCGCAGCGCGCGCUCCGUCACCAGCCUGGCGCCCGAGAGCCGCGAGCGCGCCAAGCGCUGGUGCGCCCUGGACUGGCGCCUGUACCAGCACUUCAACCGCAGCUUCUGGGAGCAGCUGCACGCCGAGCUGGACCCGCGCGCGCUGCGCGGGGAGGUGGCGCUGCUGCGGGCGCGGCGGCGCGAGCUCACCGCCCUGUGCCUGCAGGACGCGGCGCCCAAGAACAAGACGCAGAUCACCGACCGGCACCUGCGCCCCUACCAGUCGGGCAAGGCGGAGAUCCUGGGCUACAACCUCAGGCGGGACCUGGACAACGCCACGCUGCGCACGUGUCAGCGGCUGGUGAUGCCCGAGCUCCAGUACAUGGCCCACUUGUACUCGCUGCAGUUCCCAGAGAAGCCCCCCAAGAACAUCCGGUUCCUGGAGGAAUAGAGGGGCUGGCGCCAGGGAGAGGGCCUCCAGCUGACACCAGCCCCUCUCCGCAGCCCGCCCGGAGGCCUUGGGCUCCAGCAGGGCCUGCCCUAAAGUGAAGAAGAGACUGAAGCCCCCAAGGAAGACGCUCACCCAGGACUCGCCCCUCUUGGAGAGGGCCCUAAAUCCAGGGCCGCAGGCGUGCCUGUCUGCGGCUGUGCAGCUGCGCGUCUGUGCGUUGGAUGGAAGGUCUCACGAGUAGGAGAGCGAAUGAUACUUAACUCUGGUUCCACAGUCUGCCCGCAGAGCUCCCGGAGCCCAGGGAAUCCCUAGGGCCUUGGGCAGUGGGGCUGUGGGUCCCUGAAGGACCUCAGCGAGACCCCCUGAAUUUUCAGGCCAUAGGGACAUGGCACUGGUCACAGCAGCCACAGGCAGUGCCACAAAGACAAGCCCAGGCUUUGGAGUGUUUGGGAACAGCUUCCCACCUGUGGCUCCUCCUGAAGCUUAGACUGAGAGAUGCCAGAAUUGCUCACAAGACAAGUGGUUUAGCCUGAGCACAGGCGGGGGUCUGCCCCACGGCUCCCUGCCGGGGCAGCCCCUGCAUGUGCAGUGAAGGAGAAAACAUCCCGCUUGCUGAAGAAGCUCAGAGGGGCCCCGUGUCUGUCACACCCGUGGUUGGUUGGAGAUCACGCUGGAUGCAGUCCCAGAAGGCAGCUUCUGGGCGCCCCUCCUUGUCACUCAGGGGGAGGGACUGAGUCCCCCUGGCUGGCAGGAUGUGGCCCCUGGCUGUCUGGGGGCCAUCGAUUGGAGUGAGGUGCACGUCAGCCAGCACCACACACCCUGGAAAAGGCAGGGGGCCUGGAGCGCCUAAGAAUCGUAGCCGCUCUCUCAUCCCAGCCGAGAGGCUCCUCCUGGCCCUUCCUUCUGCGCCAGGGCCCUCGGCCUGAGACGCUGGCACCGGGCUUAGGCUCUUGUGUCUAGGCGGGCCCACACGUGUCAGGAGUCGGCGUUUUACAGAAGGCCCAGGCCCCCCGGUCCUCAGAGCAGGCAGCUCCCUUGGACCCAGACAAAAUGGAGGGACCUCUGAGAAGGGUGGAUUUUUGGUGAGAUUAGAGGAGAUACUGCAAUGAAUUUGAGAGUAAAUGAGAAUGUUUGGAAACUGAAUAAGGACUCCCCAAACUGCACAGGGACAGGGAAGAUUGGCGCGGGCACUGCUCAGAGCCAGCGCCAGCCUGACCAUCUGGAUGGCUGUGGGGGGUUGGGGCCCCAGAAGGCAAAAAAGACACCAGGUAAGAAACUGUCACACAAGGAAGGAAACAAGUACCCCACCCUCAGCUCGUGGGGGCCAGGGGAACCCAGGGCCAGGGGAACCGCUGCUCUUGUGCACAGAGAACAGGUUGUCUCGGGGGAGAGGGAGAGAGUCGGGCCACGGCGGCCACGGCGUUCGCAGCCCUGACGUGGGUCCUGCUCUCGGCUGCAGUCUCAGCAAUGAAGUCACGGUAGCAAUUCA